AUGGCUCAAGAUUACAAGUUUGAAGGAUGGAUGGGUCUCGAUAAGGACUCUGCCGACGGAAAGAUGGUCUGGCAGGAGUUUGAGCCCAAGCCGUGGGAGGAGACCGAUGUUGACAUCAAGAUCACUCACUGCGGUAUCUGCGGUUCCGAUUUGCACACUCUCCGCAGUGGCUGGAGACCAACUCUGUACCCCUGCUGCGUGGGCCAUGAAAUCGUCGGCACUGCCGUGCGUGUUGGAUCCAAGGCUGUCGGCGGCAUCAAGGUUGGUGACCGCGUGGGUGUCGGCGCGCAGAGCGAUUCCUGCCUUGGUCGUCUGGGAGACUGCCCCGAAUGUGCGAUGGGUGAUGAGCAGUACUGCUCGCACAAGAUCGUCGGUACCUACAACAAUGUCCACCUGAACGGCGGCAAGUCUUACGGUGGAUAUGCUUUGUACAACCGCACUCCAUCCCACUUCGUUGUCAAGAUCCCCGACAGCAUUCCCUCGGCACAGGCCGCCCCUAUGUUGUGCGGUGGUGUCACCCUGUUCAGCCCCCUGAAGCACCACAACUGUGGCCCCGGCAAGCGCGUGGGUAUCAUUGGUGUUGGCGGACUGGGUCACUUUGGUGUGCUUCUGGCCAAGGCCAUGGGUGCUGAUAAGGUGGUUGCUAUCUCCCGUAAGACUGGCAAGGCCAAUGAUGCGCUGGCUAUGGGUGCGGAUCUCUAUAUUGCUACGGAUGAUGAGCCGGACUGGGCUACCAAGUAUGCCCGGUCUCUGGAUUUGAUUGUCUGCACUGUUUCUUCGACCAAGAUGCCCAUGACCGAAUACCUGGGCCUGCUUGCGACGGGCGGCGCCCUGGUUCAGGUCGGACUUCCGGAUGACGGAGUUCUUCUGGCCCCUGUCGGCAAGCUGCAGCGUCGCCUAAAGGCUACCAGCUCCUUUAUCGGCAGUCCCAACGAGAUCCGUGAGAUGUUCCAGCUCGUUGCUGAGAAGGGAGUCAAGGCCUGGAUCGAAGAGAUCCCGAUGAAGGAUGCCAACCAGGCCAUUGUGGAUAUGCACGCGGGCAAGGCGCGAUACCGUUACGUGCUGGUGAAUGAGCAGUGA